CAUGUUGCUGCUUGCCUUCCGUAGCUUUUUCUUCAUUGCCGUCAUCCUCGGCUACAGCACCGGCAUUUGGCGGCUGAUUAACGACUACUUCCGGCGCGAGUUCCAGUCCUACCUCGUGGAGGAGUCACAGGCGAACAAGUACCUGUUGCGGGACCCGCCCAAAUCCGCACCGGACCGGAACCCGGCCGGACCACCGGAAGUGCCCGAUAAUCAGCUACCAGCGCCGAACGUGGACCAGCUGUUUGGCGAUGUAAAACACCGGAACGACCAUCAACAGGUGACAGAUUCGAUUAUGGUGCUUUUCGAAACCCGCCCGAGUGUCGCCACCACCGCCGCACCGGGAACAGAUGUGAAAGCGUACACGAACGAGCAGGAAGCCGAAACGCAUCGGCCCGGCGAGCGGACGGUGCUGGCGGCGGCGGAAGUCACCGAUAUCCGGCUCCAGGAUGAAGGGCAUGUGAGUACGAGGGAACCAAACGAGGGGAAAGGGGACGGGGAGGCGGAGGAUAAGUGGAUUUCGUACUGGAGCAAGCGGGGCGGGGACCGGAAGCGUGACGGUGCCGACGAUGGGCCCGCUGAUGAUAACAGCGCGAACGCUUACUGUACGAUUGGCGGUGAAACGUUUGCCGGUGCCGUGACCAGGAUCGCGCAACGGAUAGCAGCGGACGGUGAUGGUUUCGGUUGUGCGUGAACCGGUACCGGUGCGGAAUUUUUCCCCAAUCACGCCUCAAACAAAACGUGUCUAUCACUUGUUGCAGUAAAAAAUAAGGUGAAUAAAUAUAAUAAAACAAGAUAAACUGUCAAAUCUACCGCGGUACACUGCGGUCGCGGGUUUUUGAAGCGCGGCGCAACCGCUACAUGAUAAUUCCUAACGUACACAAUUUAUGUUUCGCUUCUUUUGCGCUUUGCGCUGCUGUGGUUUGUGGUUUUUUAUUACAAAUUCGUGCAUCUUCCCUAACGGUAUUGGUCAGUGGCAAUUAUGCACUGCGAAAGAAUUACGAGAGGAACACUUAUGGAAAUAAGUGAAAAGUUGGGGCGCCCAUCAGGGAAGUAGCAAUGAGAAGUUAAGGGUAGGGAAUCCAGCUUAAGCAUCUGGUGCACUCGAGCGAAGGAAAAUCGGCACGGUGAUGCAGCAGAUGGAAAACACAAGCUCAUAUGCUGCUCUGCCGGCGGAAGUUCAAGUUUGUUUUCCUUUCCGAUUGUUUACCUGCAGAACGUAUGGGAGAGUUCUUGCUUUUGUUAUGUUCAAGAUUUAAUUUCAUUUUAAUGAGUGCUAGUGAGCUAAACAGAUAGAGAAAGAAUUUCAAUAAUAAAUAAAAGAUAAUAAACAA